AUGACCAACAAACUUUUAGAUCCCACCAUGGACUCUGACGCCAGGCACAGAAAGAGGAUCCUGAAGCCAGUUGUUGAAAAGAAGAGACGAGAUCGAAUAAACCAAAGUCUGGCUGAACUGAGGAGUUUGCUGCUGAAACAUACGUCAGAUCCACGUCUGCAGAAUCCUAAAAUCGAGAAAGCGGAGAUUCUGGACCUGGCGGUGGAAUACCUACAGAGAUGGACCGAGGAGGGGAAACCAGAAAAUGGUAUAAAUACACCCAGUCUUCCAUCCCUCAGCAUUCAGAACGCAGGCUUUCAGCAGUGCAUGGCUCAGCUGGGCAGCUACAUGCACAAGAUAGCACCGGCACAGAGAACAAGUCUGAUGGAGGGACUGAAGCGUCACACAGAGACAGAGACACAGACGCAGCAGCAGCAGCAGCAGCAGCAGAGGCCAGAGUUCAACCUACUCGACGCAGCCUGUACGGAUCCAGUCUGCACGUCUGACUCGUCCAGAGAAGACUCGUCCAAGUUCCCCUUUUCGUCCCAUUCUCCAUUUCAGCCUCAGUCCUGUUCCUCACCCUGCCAUGACUACCUCACCCCUCCCUCCUCCCCCUGGUUCUCCCCUUCUUCUUUCUCCACAUAUGCCACGUCUCCUCCGUUCCCGUCGUUCACCUCUCACUUCACCUUUCCCCCCAGCCUGUCACCUCCGUCUUCCAACACCUCCCUCUACAGUUUCUCACCCACGGGCCCUCACACCGGCCCUGCUGGCCCUCACUUCCCCUCCACCGCCGCUCCGAGAACCUCUCCACACCUCACACAGAGGGACGGCUCACAGCUGAACUCCUCUUCCUCCACGUGGAGACCCUGGUGUUGA